CAGAGCCUGAGUGGCGAGCGCGAGCGAGCAGGAGGCGCAUUGCGAAGUGUUCCUCGUGCAGACCGGUCGCUCGCCGGUACACCGAUGUGGUGAGCGCGUUCUCCAGAACAGCGGGGAGACUUACUAAAAGCACGCGCAUAUCCAUGCUUGGUACUUGGCCUUCUUUUCUUUGCCAAUGCAAAAGGAAAUAUGCAGCGAAGCCUCGCUCUGCUUUGCACCGGUUUCCUGGGACUGUGCUUUGGUACGAGUUUCCCAAGUAAUAUCAACAUAGGGGGCCUGUUCCCUACCGAAUCCCACGAAUAUGAAGUAUUCCGGUUUGCGCUUUCACACCACCAGGAUAUUCCCAAAUUGGUACCUCAAGUGGAUAUGGUGAAGAUGGGAAAUAGCUUUUCCAUGACAUACGCGUUUUGCUCACAGUUUGCAAAAGGGGUCUACGCCAUCAUCGGCGUGUACGACCGGAAGACGGUGAACAUGCUGAUGUCAUUCUGUGGCGCUUUGCACGUCUGUUUCGUCACGCCCAGUUUCCCCAUCGACACGUCCAACCAGUUUGUCAUCCAGCUACGGCCCGAACUGCAGGACGCACUGGUGGGCGUCAUCGAGCACUACAAGUGGAGCAAGUUUGUCUACAUGUAUAGCUCCGACUCAGGACUGACAGUUCUGCAGAAGGUUCUGGAUACGGCAGCAGAGCAGAACUGGCUGGUGACCUCGGUGAAUGUGGAGACCAUGACAGAGGCAUCCUUCCUCAAAGUCUUUCAGGACCUGGACAAGCGGAAGGAAGGGCAAAUCAUCAUCGACUGCGAACUAGAGCGCCUCACCUCCAUACUGAAGAAGAUUAUUGAACUGGGGAAGAACAUGAAGAGUUACCACUACAUACUGGCCAACCUGGGGUUUCUGGACAUCGACCUGACGGAGUUUAAGAGAGGCGAGGCCAACGUGACUGGCUUCCAGCUGGUGAACUACACCGACCAGAACAUCAGCAGAAUAAGACAGCAGUGGAUGGACUUCGACAACAAAGUCCCCAAGAGGCCGUUGAAGUACACAGGGGCGCUCACAUACGAUGGCGUCAAAGUGAUGUCCACAGCCUUCCAGAACCUUCGACGGCAGAGGAUUGACAUUUCACGCCGUGGCAACGCUGGGGAAUGCCUGGCCAAUCCGCCAGCCCCCUGGGGCCAAGGCAUCGACAUUCAGAGAGCCCUACAGCAGGUCCGGAUCGAGGGUUUGACGGGGCACAUCCAGUUUAACGAGAAAGGCCGACGGACCAACUACACCGUCAGCGUGAUGGAGCUGAAGGCCACAGGGCCAAAGAAAGUGGGGUACUGGAACGAGGAUGAGAAGUUUGUGAGCACGUCGGCCUACUUCCCCGGCAGCAACGGGACGAACGGACUCCAGAAUCGCACCUACAUCGUCACCACCAUCCUGGAGUCCCCGUACGUAAUGCUGAAGAAAAACCACGAGCAGCUGGUGGGCAACGACAAAUACGAGGGAUACUGUGUGGAGCUGGCGGCCGAGAUCGCCAAGCACGUGGGAUACCAGUACAAGCUCAAGAUCGUGGCCGACGGCAAGUAUGGAGCCCGGGAUCCAGACACCAAGAUGUGGAAUGGGAUGGUGGGGGAGCUCGUGUACGGAAAGGCUGACGUCGCUGUGGCGCCGCUGACAAUCACGCUGGUGCGGGAGGAGGUGAUUGACUUCUCUAAGCCCUUCAUGAGCCUGGGCAUCUCCAUCAUGAUCAAGAAGCCCACCAAGUCCAAGCCGGGCGUGUUCUCCUUCCUGGACCCGCUGGCCUACGAGAUCUGGAUGUGCAUCGUGUUCGCCUACAUCGGCGUGAGCGUCGUACUCUUCCUGGUCAGCCGCUUCAGCCCCUACGAGUGGCACGGCGACGAUGACGACGAGGGCGUCGAGACCGGCUCCAGCCAGCUCACGCCGGCAGCUCCGGGCCAGCCGGGCCAGGCACAGCAGAGCCAGGAGCAGACCAACGAGUUCGGCAUCUUCAACAGCCUCUGGUUCUCGCUGGGUGCGUUCAUGCAGCAAGGCUGUGAUAUCUCACCCAGAUCUCUCUCAGGUCGCAUUGUCGGUGGUGUGUGGUGGUUCUUCACCCUCAUCAUCAUCUCCUCAUACACGGCGAACCUGGCGGCCUUCCUCACCGUGGAGAGGAUGGUGUCACCCAUCGAGAGUGCGGAAGACCUGGCCAAGCAGACGGAGAUCGCCUAUGGAACGCUGGACGCUGGCUCCACCAAAGAGUUUUUCAGGAGGUCAAAGAUCGCCGUGUUCGAGAAAAUGUGGUCCUACAUGAAGUCGGCAGACCCCUCCGUGUUUGUGAAGACCACCGACGAGGGUGUGAUGAGGGUGAGGAAGUCGAAGGGGAAGUAUGCCUACCUGCUGGAGUCCACCAUGAACGAGUACAUCGAGCAGCGCAAGCCCUGCGACACCAUGAAGGUCGGAGGGAACCUGGACUCCAAGGGCUACGGCGUGGCCACGCCCAAAGGCUCGCCGCUCAGAAACCCAGUAAACCUGGCCGUGUUAAAGCUGAAUGAGCAGGGCCUGCUGGACAAAUUGAAAAAUAAGUGGUGGUACGACAAGGGCGAGUGCGGCAGCGGAGGAGGUGAUUCCAAGGAUAAGACCAGUGCUCUGAGCCUCAGCAAUGUCGCCGGCGUCUUCUACAUCCUGAUUGGUGGUCUGGGCUUGGCGAUGCUGGUCGCCCUGGUGGAGUUCUGCUACAAGUCCAGGACUGAGUCUCGUAGGAUGAAGCAAUCCAUCAGUGACGCCAUGCGCUGCUCCACGCUGACGCGGAUGAGCGGGAACGCCAGCGGCGGCGAGAAUGGCCGCGUCGUCACCCACGACUUCCCCAAAGCCAUGCAGACGCUGCCGUGCGUGGGUCACCCUGCUGGCAUGGGUCUAGCCGCGUCAGGCAUGUGACUGGCCCCGGAUGGCCACGCCCCCGACAUCCGCCUGCCCACCAGGCAGCGGGUGCACCGUACUGCCAAAACACACUCUCGGACUUUUCUUGGUGAAACCGGCUACUGCUAGAACUUUUUUCUAACGUGGGAUAUGCCAGCAAAAAGAAAAUAAAAAUGUUUCAGUGAAAUAAAAGAGAGAGAAAGUGAGAGAAAGAGAGGAAGACAAACGUGCAAUAAGAGGCUAACGGGACUCUUCUUACCAAACCGCUUUGGUUCACACGACGGGACUCUUUUGGACAAACCGCUUUUGUUCACACGACGGGACUCUUUUGGACAAACCGCUUUUGUUCACACGACGGGACUCUUCGUGACAAACCGCUUUUGUUCACACGACAGGACUCUUUGUGACAAACCGCUUUGGUUCACACGACAGGACUCUUCUUGACAAACCGCUUUUGUUCACACGACAGGACUCUUCGUGACAAACCGCUUUGGUUCACACGACAGGACUCUUCGUGACAAACCGGUUUGGUUCACACGACGGGACUCUUCUUGACAAACCGCUUUUGUUCACACGACGGGACUCUUUUGGACAAACCGCUUUUGUUCACACGACGGGACUCUUUUGGAUAAACCGCUUUUGUUCACACGACAGGACUCUUCUUGACAAACCGCUUUGGUUCACACGACGGGACUCUUUUUACCAAACCGCUUUUGUUCUCAUGACAGGACACUUUUGGACAAACAGCAUUCAUCCACACAAUGGGGUUAAAAACAAGUGUGUGUAGUUUGACCCCCGUGUUGUGCCAGUAUAACACUCCUGUUUCCUUCUGUCUUAAGUGUCAUAUGAGUGUUGUCCUAACCUUAUUUUCUUUAUCAAAACAGGACCAUGUAAAACACAUGAUUCUUUGCACAGAUUCUUAUGUGGCUCAUAUGCUGUAAUGAUUCAUAGAGGGGAAGUGAGAAUAUGCAGCCUAUUGUAAUGAUCGGGGGAAGCCAGUUACUCUGGACACACACCGGGUCCAGUGCCAGUGGACACAGGGGUCUAGUGCUAGUGAACAGUGGACACAGUGUCCAGCGCUAAUCCAGUGCUAGUGGACACAGUAUCCAGUGCUAAUCCAGUGUUAGUGGACACAGUAUCCAGUGCUAAUCCAGUGUUAGUGGACACAGUGUCCAGUGCUAGUCCAGUGCUAGUGGACACAGUGUCCAGCGCUAAUCCAGUGCUAGUGGACACAGUAUCCAGUGCUAAUCCAGUGUUAGUGGACACAGUGUCCAGUGCUAGUCCAGUGCUAGUGGAUACAGUGUCCAGUGCCAGUCCAGUGCUAGUGGACACAGUAUCCAGUGCCAAUCCAGUGCUAGUGGAUACAGUGUCCAGUGCUAAUUCAGUGCUAGUGGACACAGUGUCCAGUGCCAAUCCAGUGCUAGUGGAGUGUCCAGUGCUAGUGGACACAGUGUCCAGUGCUAAUCCAGUGCUAGCAGACACAGUAUCCAGUGCCAAUCCAGUGCUAGUGGACAGUGUCCAACGCUAGUCCAGUGCUAGUGGACACAGUGUCCAGUGCUAGUGGACAAAGGUUGAUUUGCUUCCCUCAUUAACUGCAUAGCCUAAUUAAAAAAACAUAUCAAUUUUUCACUCUGUUGAUAGUGUAAAUACUCUGAUGUAAAUCUUAACCUGGAAAAGGCGAGGAAUUUGAUUUGGUGUUGAUCAGUAGAGCAUAGUGUGUGUGUGUGUGUGUUUGUUUUUUCGUGUGUGUUUUUGCACCUCAACAACCUUGCUUUGCUGCUAUGCCUCGUAUAAGGCACCAUACCUCGUUUGUGCCGAGAUUGACUCGGGCAUGUGCUGUCGCAUGCCCCGCCAAUCAGUCCAUUGGAUAAGCAGCGCCCCCACAAGGACGCCCGCGGAAAUGUCACGAGCCACUGUGGUUAAACGUCCUUUAAAUGAACUUGCCACUGUCGCCCCAGUCCCUCACUGCCUGAACAUUCCUCCAUGCUACACACGGCAGUAUCUUGUGUUUGUUCUAGACUCCGAGCCAAAGCCAGGUGUUUUUGAAUAGUGUCACUACAGUAUAGACAUCCUUUUGAUACAAUAUUCUUUUACACAUCAGUCAGCUGUCUAUCAGAGUUAUUCAGCAGGCUUUGUUCAUCUGCCAUGCAUUUAUAACGUAAGAUAAUCAAGUGGUCUGAAAGCAAGUUGCUGUCAUUUCAGAACCGAGAUCGGCGGGUUUGUACGGACCAAAUGCUAAUGUAGACAUUGGCACACUCUUCGAUCCCUCCACACAUGUACACAGACACACACACGGCAUUUCAUAAGGUUGCGGCUAAAUAUUUCAUGUGUCCACAGCGGGGUCCUUCACUGACCUUUCCGCGUCUAUUUUCCUCAUUGUCGACCUCUGCUGCUACUUUUCCAGACACAUGUACACUAAGGCCAUUCCCCAGACCUGACGCGUUCGCCGUGGCCAAACAUUCUAGGCAAGAACCAGGCUUUUAAUGAGCGCCCCACCCCCCAAGACAGCCACAGUGUCCAAACAGCUCUCACUGUGUCUGAAUGAAGGAGCCUGCAGCCCUCUGACGAGCCCGCCCCUCAACGUCUCGUACCCGAACAGGUUUUAUAAACAGUAGUUGAUUUGUAGUCUUGAGAGAGACAUUUGUAUUUUAAAAAAAAUGGCAUGACUUGUGGCUGUGGAGACGAGCGAGCGGAGGGAGCUCUGGGGCCUGGUCGUGUUGGGAUCCUUUGUGUUUCUGGUUAAUAGUGUUACUCUGUUUUGGGGGGGUUUUUUAAUGCAAAAGUGAUCCUGUGUGCUCACUCAUAUUUCACUGUCUUGUUUGUUUAUUUGUUGGUUUUCUGUUUAUCAGAAAGGUAUGGCUGCAUAGGAAUGGAAUGGAUGAGAAUAAACAUUGAAUCAAAAACAAUGAAAAAUAAAUACAACUUUU